AUGCGAUCUCUACCGACGAUUAUUGGACCUCAGGAAAAUGGAAAAAUUCGCACUUUUUUAAGUCAUAUAACUUCUAGACAUCGUAUUAUUAUUGCUUUCGUAUUUCUUGGUUUACUUUCACUUUCAUUGCUUAUUGCUGUUAUUGUUCAAGCACGAUCGAAUGGAAAAAAUGAUAAUAAUAUCGAUACGAAUACGAUAUCGAGUACGACUACGGCUAUGAAUAAGAUUGAAUAUUGUCUUACUCCCGGAUGUAUUUCAGCAGCAGCACAUCAAUUACGUUCUAUAAAUAGUACAGCAUCAUCCAAUUUAUGUACAGAUUUUUAUACAUAUGCAUGUGGUAAUUGGAUUAAAACUCAUCCUAUUCAAUCAUAUGAUGUUGAACGAACAAUACUUGGUGAUAUAAUUGAUCAUCGUGAUUUUGAAAUUGAACGUCUUCUUGAUGCACCUAUAAUUCGUACGAAUAAACGAAGUUGGGAAUAUAAACUUAAAACAUAUUAUUCCCAAUGUCGAGAUGAUUAUGCACGAGUACUUAAUAGUGGAGAAUUUAUGAUUGCAGUUAUACAAUCUAAUGAUACACUUGAUGGUUGGUAUCUUUUUGAUAAUACUACAAAUCCAGAAAUUUUAUUAAAAAAUCAAACUCUUUAUAAACAAAUAUCUCAUAUUCAUGGAGAUUAUGGCAAGUUAAUAAAGUCUUAUUUUUAA